AGAUCUUACUACUGGCUGCCAUGGCUUAUGAUCGCUAUGUAGCAAUCUGUCACCCUCUUCAUUACUCAAUACUUAUGAGUCCAAAGCACUGUGCUCGACUAGUACUUGCAGUGUGGGUCAUGGGUUUACUCGAUCCUGUUGCACAUACUGUUUUAAUUGCUCAUUUUUCAUAUUGUCGUUCUCACCAAAUUGACCACUUUUUCUGUGAUUUAACCCCAUUGCUUAAACUUACCUGUAGUGAUACAUUUAUUAUUGAGAUAUGUACCUACAUUGAUGGGACUCUCUUUACUGCCAGUGCAUUUAUACUUACAUUGAUAUCUUAUGUGUUUAUUAUUUCUACUAUCCUAAACAUACAAUCAGCAAGUGGUCGACAUAAAGCUUUUUCUACCUGCAGCUCUCACAUAACUUGUGUUAUCAUAUUUUAUGGAACAAUUAUCAGUAUGUAUAUGAGACCAACAUCUAUGUAUUCUCCAAGACAGGACAAGUUUUUUGCCCUUAUAUAUAGUAUACUUAUUCCAAUGCUUAAUCCUCUUCUUUACACCCUGAAGAAUAAAGACUUUAACAAUAUUUUAAAAAGAUUAAUAAAACAUUGUUUUCUACUGAGCUAUAUAGUAAAGUAGUCAUAUGAUCCAUACCUGCAUACCUAACAUUAAGUUCAAUGAAAAAAAGAAUCAGGUGUCAGAAAGUCAAAAUAUGAUAAAUCAAAAAUAUUUAAUCAUGGUUUGCAAAGUAAAAAGUAGUAACAUUCAAAAUGCUUUCUAUUUUUGAACGCAUAAUAUGUGCACCUGAAGGACACUUAUAGAGCCUGCAGUCUUGAAAGAAUACCUGUCAUAUAAACAGCCUUGUGAAGUUUUAUAGCUUCCAUUUUUCUUCAAAAAUUGCUACAUUUUGCCUAUACAAGCAUACAGUUUUAAACCUAAAAUAAUAAAUAUGUAUAUUAGUUUAAAUAUAUGUUCUUGAUGUGAAAAUAAAAAUCAAAAAUAUCAGUUAAGCUGCUGUACAGCUUUGUGUCUUCCCUAACAACAGUUCAUCAAAAGAAAAUGUAUUGCACUGAAAAACACACCUGAAUAACAAAGUGGUUAAAUAUAAAGUACUUAAAUAUAAAUAUAAUGCAAACCUUUCAUAUCUCAAUAAAUAUAAUGCAAACAUUUCAUGUUCUCAAUAAAUUACAGUGUGUUCACAACUCAGGUAAUACAUAUAUAGAAUAAAGUUAACAAAACAAACAAACAAACAUUUUUGUACAAUAUAAAAUACAACUGAAUCCCAUUCACUUGUAAGUGCUUGUGACUCUCGAACAUUACCUCCAAAGUGCUAUUGCAUAAAACAAACAAAACAAAGUGCUUUAGAAUAUUAAGCAACAAUGCAAUUUCUACCUCCGUUGCAACCUCAAAAACAACAUAUAUAUAUAUAUAUAUAAAAAUUAUAUAGGAAAUAAGGCUUGCACUCACGGUCUGUAGUAAUGAUAAAAUAUUUCUUCUUUAUUAGAAUAUUCUUAAAACAUGUCUGUUAUCAUCGACGUUUCAGCCAUCGUUCGUGGCUUUCAUCAGGAUCAGUUCAGUACAUUUGUACUGAACUGAUCCUGAUGAAAGCCACGAACGAUGGCUGAAACGUCGAUGAUAACAGACAUGUUUUAAGAAUAUUCUAAUAAAGAAGAAAUAUUUUAUCAUUACUACAGACC